AUGCCGGCAACCACGAAGCUGAUCUUGCUCCCAAGGGCAUGGGCAGCAGCGUCACUCAUCCUGCUGCUGCUGCUUGUCCUCCAUGGGAAGGGAGGCCACUGCAUCGGCCUCGGCAUGGAGGCGGCGGAGCUGGAGAUGGACUUGGAGGCGCACCGGCGGCUGUUGUGGGAGGCGACCACCGGGCAGAGGUACAUCAGCUACGCUGCCCUGAGGGGCGACGUGGUGCCGUGCUCCAGGACCGGGGUGCCGUACUACAACUGCAGGAUCUCGACCACCGCCAACCCCUACACCCAGGGUUGCGAGAGCAUCACUAGGUGCAGGGACGCAGAUCCCUAG